AUGCUAUUGAAACUACCCAGGGAAGGGCUUACAUUGGAGGCUCUAUUCCCGCCUCUCAAAAUUCUCCUCCAGCUGCUUGUCACGGGUGGACUACUCUUGAUUCUGAGAUGGGAACCUGCAAAGUCGAAUUGGUUGUUCGGUUCAGUAAGUUUUGCAAGUGAUCAUGGGGCCCAGAAAUGGUGCACUGUUCUGUUGGGGGCCGGAAUUCUCUACCAAACCAAUAGAUGGCUUUCGAGGCGAUACCUCAAUGCCUUUACAGGGAAUACCAAAUGGGACUCGACGAAAGACCUUAUGGUCAUCACUGGAGGAUCUAGUGGAAUUGGAGCUGCGGUAACAUCACGCUUAUCAAACGAUGGCACCAAAGUCAUCAUCCUCGAUAUACAACCUCCCUUGGAGAAAACAGCGGAUAAUGUCUUCUUCUACCCAACGGACAUAUCAUCAUCAGCGGAAAUUGAGCAAGUCGCAGAGAAAAUUCGCCGAGAACACGGCAAUCCAACAGAUUUAAUCAAUAACGCCGGCGCCGGAAACGACAUGCUGAUAACAGACCAACCGACCGCAGAGACCGAGAGGAUAUUCAACAUCAAUAUUCUCUCCCAAUUCCGCCUCGUGAGAGAGUUCCUUCCCGCCAUGGUCAAGCAGAAUCAUGGUCAUGUCGUGGCCGUGGCGAGCAUGGCCUCCUUCAUUACGCAAGGGAAGAACGUGAGCUAUGCGUGUACAAAGGCAGCAGCCUUGGCCUUCCACGAAGGGCUUACGCAGGAGCUAAAACAUCGGUAUAAUGCUCCGAAGGUUCGCACAACAAUUGUCCACCCAACACUUACUCGUGCCCCUCUUGUGGACAUUAUUACUAGAGAUGAGAAGUCGAGGAACUUUUGUCUGGAACCAGAAACUGUUUCGGAUGCUAUCGUUGACCAGCUUUAUUCUGGAGAGAGUGCCCAGCUAAUAUUACCUGGCCGAUUCAAGUUUGUCAGUGGCAUCUGCGGGUUUCCAUCGUGGUUUCAGGAGUUGAUUCGCGAUGCGUUAACUUCUAGUCGCAAGUUGAAAGAUUCCUAG